CAGACCAGCAGAUCAUCAUAUGAAAGACUUUUUCUGUUGUGGCUUUCAUUUUUCAUGAUGAGGCCUCGAGGGUGAUUAUGAUGAUCAAUAGCUACAGCACGAGCACCGCGUAGUCCAGCGUGAGAGUGUCGUGCUGCCUGCGAAUUUGUUGUUGCAGUUUUACGAAUGUUGCUUCUCAAAGGCGAUUGUAAAUGUGCAGACGCUACAAAUAUUUAUAGUAAACAUAUUCAUAGCACGUCGACAUGUCAACCAAGUCCCAACAGCUUUGAUUGAUUGAUGGCGGCGAAGUAAUUGGAAAUAUGAGUACUCAGUCUAAAUUCAGUGCUCUGGAGAAUGGACUGGAGCAGUCUAUUUUGGCUAUUACUCAAGUUGGGAUCACCUCCAGUGAUUUCCAAACCAGCAGUCAGCCAGUUCUAAAUCAGCAAAUUCAAAACCUGAUUUCAACUAUGAAAGAAAUUGAUGAAAUCCGAUCGCAGUUCAACGAUAUCACUGUGCCAAUGGAUGUGUUUGAGUAUAUUGACACAGGCAAGAAUCCACAGCUGUUUACCAAGUCAUGUCUGGAGAAGCUAGUGGACAAGCACCGAGAGCAAGAGGCGAAAACAAAUUCAUUACAGCUUCUCCGUGAUGGUCUUCUUGAAGAACUAGGCAAGGUGUUUCCAGAACAGAUACAAGAGUAUAAACUAGCCCGGAAUCUAUGAUCACGCACUGUUUCAAGUAUCAUUCAGCACUCCCUGCUUUCCAAACUGUUUUGAGUUGGAAGAAUCUCCUUCCUUUGUCAAAAAAACAUGUGUUCUGUGUCUGUGUUUGCUGUCUAAAACUCAAGUGUCACAUACAUUACCCUGUACAUAAUACAUGCUGGCUAUCGUAUUUCUGCAGUGUAGCGCUCUGGGGGGUUUAUCAAGCCACGUUUGACUUGACUGUGAAUCUACACACAUUCAGAACUAGCACUGAGACCUGGAAUCAUGGAUCCCUCCGUUGGCAUGUUAGAUAGUAAUAGAUAUACCAUGUAUUUAGCCUAGAUGCAAUGUUCGUUACAAGACUAAGCACUAUAAUUAUGUGUAGUGCUGAGCAACACCAUUCCUUAUUCAGUCGUAAUGCUGCUGCUGAUAAUGCUGGCAAUGAUGAAGAAAGUUUACAGAGAA